GUCUGGGGGGUUGGUCGCUGAUAGAACGGUGUGUGUGUCGUUCAUGUUGCCUCAUUUCCUGAGUCUGCCCAAAGACAGGGAGAUACGGGGACACAGAGCCAGUGAGAGAGCGCCCUAGGGAAAGAGAGGGAGAGAGACAGACAGACACAGAAGGGGAGGCUGGUUCCUGAUACCAAGACAAGGAAAAGCAAGGGAGGAGAAGAGAGAGAAAAAAGGCUGGCGGAGACCGGGAGAGAGGGGGAGAAAACAGGGGAAUAACAUUCAGAGACACCAAAGGCGUAGGGGAGUAAAGAAUAGAAUACUGUGUUCUUCUGAACACCCCCCUUUCUUUCUCUCUUUCGCGCAGUCACACCAGAUUGGACUCCAAAGACUCUACACCGCGUCUACCCCAGACCCCAUGGGUUAACAGACUGUAUCCAGGAGAGGCUUACAGGUCAGCUAACCAAAUGAAUAGCAACAGGAAGGAGGACAUGGAGAUCUCGUCCCACUACCGGCAGCUCCUGCGGGAGCUCAACGAGCAGCGGCAGCAUGGCAUCCUGUGUGACGCCUGUGUCAUCGUGGAUGGGAAGAUCUUCAAGGCCCAUAAGAACAUCCUCCUGGGCUCCUCGCGCUACUUCAAGACCCUUUACUGCCAGGUGAAGAAAGGGGCGGAGCCACAUCACCAGACAACUGUCACUCACCUGGACAUCGUCACAGCGACGGGCUUCAAAGCCAUUCUGGACUUCAUGUACUCGGCCCACCUGGCGCUGACCAGUAAAAAUGUCAUUGAGGUGAUGUCAGCUGCCAGCUACCUGCAAAUGACCGACAUUGUCCAGGCCUGUCACGGCUUCAUCAAGGCUGCACUGGACAUCAGUAUCCGCUCGGAACUGGCCGACGAACUGGCCGACUUUGAGAUGGGGGCUGCCUCGGGCGCUGGUAUAGGGGGAGGUGGAGGAGGAGUUGGGGGAGUUAUAGGGGGAGGAGUAGGAGGGUUAGGAGGGGUGGCGUCAGAAGCCUUGGUGUCUAUCAUAUCAGGACGAAGCUCCUCGCCCUGGCUGGGGAGGCGUACAAGCCCGGCCAACUCCUCUGGGGACUCCGCCAUUGCCAGCUGCCAUGAGGGUAGUGGCAGUACAUAUGGGAAAGAGGACCAGGAGCCACCCAAGAGCCACGAGAGCCAGGAGGACGGUGGUCAUGACUCCCAGCCCGCCUGGCCACACAACUACCGCCCCAUCACUGUCAAAGAGGAACAAGUCUCACCCUCCUCCGUUUCUCACCCUCGGGAUGGGCCCAAUGUGGGUGCAGGGACACAGGGGGAUCAUGGGGGAGGAGGUGAAGGGCCGUGGCAGCCCUCUGGGUCUGGGCGGAGGAAGAACAGGAAGAACAAGGACACGGUCAGACACAUUACCCAGCAGACCGAGGGGGACAGAGACAGCAGGCCGGGGUCGCCGCUGCCCUCCAUGAUGGGCGUGACGGGGUGGAGCUACAAUGGAAAAGACAUCCCAGGUGCAGAUGUGACAGAGCCCAACAGCUCAGACAGUCGCGGAGAACGUCUCGACUUUUUCCUCAAACAGGAAGAGUCUCUGGCAGCGAGCGAGGCCAACUUCCUGGGUGCAAGCGAAUCAGAUGAGGCCGGAGGUGGGACCGGGGGCAGGACUACCCCAUUGGUAGCCAAUCUGAGGGAAGCGUUGAUGAGCAAAAACAGCCUGCUGUCGCUACGGGCUGAGAUGCUGGGAGACGAUAACCCUCUAUUGUUUGAAUACCUGCCCAAAGGAGGGCACUCCCUCUCACUGAAUGACUUCACAGUGAUCCGUAAGAAGUUUAAGUGCCCCUACUGUAGUUUCUCUGCCAUGCACCAGUGCAUCCUGAAGAGGCACAUGCGCUCCCACACUGGCGAGAGGCCCUACCCCUGUGAGAUCUGUGGCAAGAAGUUCACCAGGAGGGAGCACAUGAAGAGACACACACUGGUCCACAGUAAGGAUAAGAAGUAUGUGUGUAAGAUCUGCAGCCGGGUCUUCAUGUCGGCAGCCAGUGUCGGAAUCAAACACGGCUCCCGUCGCCAUGGCGUCUGCGCUGACUGUUCCGGGCGGGGCAUGGCCGCGUUAUUGGACCACAACGGGGAAGUGGGCGGAGACCUCUCCCCAGAGGACGAGCUGUAUCCCGGCGACCACCGUUUCCCUGAUGACCAGACAGAGUGCGACGGUGACGGAGAGGAAGAGAUGAUGACGGAAGGGGAUGGAGAGAUAAUAGGAGAGGUGGAUGACAAGGGAAGGAAGUGGAAGGAUGACUCAGGGAUGAUGACGGCGGGAGACGGGGCGAUGGACAAUGACAAGGAGGAGAGCAAUGACUCUGUGCCAGAGCGAGUGCAGCACAACGGGAGCGAGAAGGAUUUCGGUUGGAUCUCUUAGGAUCCCAUGGGAUCAUUUAGGAUCUAUUGUGGAUCUGUUGAAAUGUCUCAGGCAGAGACAGCUCUCUUUACCCAUGUUCAUGGGCAGGCCUUCCUCUGAGUGGGGUAUGCGGGCGAUACAUGACAAUGAUCUAAAUUGACAGGUGCCACACACACAAGCUGAGCCCUGUGCUGAUGAUUGCCAUGGAGAGCGAUUGAGAGAAGAAAGAGAGUCCCUUUCUGCUCACCACCUUUCUUUCCUCUUUAGGUUUGUUUUUUUCUUGUUUCUGAUGAGGACCAGACCAGAGUCUGUCCAUUGGUUUAGUUGUUCACCUAUGUCACACUGGGACCAAUGAGGACUUAUUAAACGGUCUUGGGUGAUGUUGGACUGUGGCCAUUUGUGGUCUCAGUCGCCAUUGACAUGACGGAUUGUUAACGGUUUGGAAAAAUGCCAAGGUGGUGUCUUGUUGCCAUGCAGUCCUAUUUGGGGACAGUCUAUACAUUUUUGGGACAAUCUUUUAUCUAUUGCAAAGAUGCACGCGUCGGUCAUCGGUCGGCACAUUGUCUCCUGCAGAGUGAAACUGCCACAGACUUGCACUUUAACGUCGAAUAGAAUCCUGUCAAUGCCCACAACCCGUGGUUUACAUUUUCAAUCUGAUUUGAACUACACAACUUGGUGACCGCACCUACCUUUAAGGAUAUAUUGUAUGUCCUCAUGACUGUUAUAUAUGGAUAUUAGUAUGCUUGUGCUGUAGUUUGCUGAUUAUAUAGCCUUUCAGUGGGUUCUUUCUCCUCCACUUAAGUUAUCAUGUGUUUUUGUUGAGCUGUGGUGAGAAUUAUGAAAGGUUGAGCAAAUGUACAUACAAACAAGCCACAGGAAUUAUAGUAGAUUGAGGGAGAGUUGAAGAUUGAGAGAGAGAGAGAAAGGGAGUGUUAGAGACGGGAGGAGAGAGUGAACACUAUGCAGGAACAUAACCGAUCAAUCCAGAUGUAAGUGUUCUUAAUUCUCUACUUUCAGAGAGAGGAUAUCAAAUCAAGGUUUUUUGGUCGCAUACACAGUUUGAUAGAUGUUAUAGCGGUGCAGCGAAAUGCUUAUGUUACUAGCUCCUAACAAUGCAGUAUAUAGAUCUCUAUUUCAGAUAUUUACUCCCAGAAUGAGAGAGGUUGUCUUGUCUGAGCAAGGUGAAGAAAUGCUUAUUUGUGUACCAUUUCCCUAUACGACGAUAGAGGGGUGAGAGAGACAGACUACAUACACAAUGAUGACGGGUCAAAACUCAUGCCAAAACAAUCACACUGUAAAACUAUUCUACAUGGCUUACACUGUCUCUCUUUCUCCUUCUCACCCAUUCUGUCCUUCCAUCUCAUGUUGUAUCUCUGUGCAGACUCUUUAAAACCUUUGUUUAGUUAUCAUUUGUAUAUUUCACCAUCAAUACAGAAUUUGCACACUUUUACAUCAUAGUGGACCUUAAAUGAUGGUUCAUCUUUCUUUUUGGUGAGGACAUUUAUUUCAGUUUGUAUUUGUAAAGAAAAGGUCAGGCUUCUGCUUGAGUCCAUCCAGAGAGUGGCCUGUUCUGUUGAGUGCUUUUAUGACGCUUUCUUUUGUUUGAAAAGGUUAUUUAUUAAAAUACAUGUUUUUGUAGUGGAAUUAUUAUACUAUAAAGGCAUUCCCUCCACUCUGUCUAAUGCCUUCUGUGGGCACGGUGUGUGGAUGUGUGUGUGUGCACGCAUGUGAGAUGUGUAUUGAUUUUCUUCAGAUUAUUUCCUGUUAUUUGACCAUUUUGAGUCUUAUUAUGAUGAUCAGAAGUAUGAUUAUUGUUGUUAUGAUUAUUAAGUGCUGGAUGCUAAGCUUUAUUGUGCAUUUCUUUUUGAUAUUUUAUAUCUUGUAUAAGGAAAGCUUUUAUAUUUGGUCUUGUUGUGGACAGCAAGCCAUAAGGCUUUUCUGAUUAGUUAUAUCGUGCCAGUUCUCUGCUUUUCUGUUGUAUUUGGUUUUUACAGAGAAAGACAAAUUAGAGGAACUUGUUGUAAAUUAGAUAUGGAUCAGAACUUACUGUGUGUAUGGUAUGGCACAUGCUUCUAUAUUACUAACAUAAACUAAUUCAUUAACAUUAUACCAAAAACAAUCUAAUACAUUGUAUCAAGUGCUUUUGUUUCAACUGUGCGUGUGCAGGUGCAAAUAUUUUCAAUUUAUUGUGGUGUAAUAAUUUUGUUUGGAUGUAGUUAUUUAGUUUAUUUGUUAAUAUUUUUCAGUUUGUAUACAUAUGGUAUAUGAAGAGCCUUGUGACCUGCUGGACAUUGCAUCUAUAACCCUUUUUCUUUAUUGUCCUUGUUGCCCUGGUUUCCAAAGGUGUGUUCUACUGUAUAUCCUAAACAUAAACCCAAUUCCAAAUCUAUCCCUGGCCCCAAACCCUAUAUACUUUUUGUAGGUCUGAAAUGAUCGGACUGGUGUAAAUAUUCUAUAUUUCAACUUGGCCUAUCAAAGGGCAAGGUCCUUCCAGACCUACAAGACAUGUUUUGGAGUGCCUGGAUGCUACAAGGGAAAAGAACAGAGUGAGCCACAAUGUUGGCUCUGGGAAUUGUAGUUGGUUUGCCGGAGGUGGUUGCAAACAUAUCAUCUGCCACACUUCAAUUUCCAUCUGUCCCAAUGCUAAACACUGUAUCCAACGAACACCCCUCUGCUGUAUGUUUGAUUUCACUGAUUGGAAAUGCCUUCUCCAUGUGUGGUGACUAGCUUUAUUUAAGUUGCAUUAUUUUAAUUUUACCCAUCCAUUACCAAUCUCUAGUCUGUUGAAGUUUUCAGAAAGAAAACAAAUGACGUUGGGUGGAUAUGUUCAAUGUUAAUGGUUGAAUAUAAUGGGAAGAAGUGCAGUGUAUUUGGAAGAAGUGCAGUGUAUUUGGAAGAAGUGCAGUGUAUUUGGAAGAAGUGCAGUAUCUGUGAUAUUUCUCUGUCAUCCACCCAGUGCUUUUCCAGUCCAGACUCCUGUGAACACAGAUAUUUUUUACCCGCUUUAGUUCUCUUCUCAUCAUCACCUGCCUGCCUGUGUCUUCUUCUUCCUUGUCUUGGGUUGUAAUUCAGGAAAUAUUUGCCAUCCAAUCCCCUCAACAAUGUGCCUCGAUUUGUUUUACCGGUGUGUGCGUAGGUGUGCCUGCAUGGGUGUGUGUGUUUCAAGAGAAACGGAAAUCAUAUAUUUUAUCUCAAUCACAGAGGUGCAAAAAUGCAGCUAUAUGUUUCUGACUGUGUUUAUUAAUCCUUUGUGCCCUGGUUUUAUGGUCUUAACUGCACGUCUUUGUUCAUUUGUCAUACCAAAGUCUCUAACAUCCGCACGCACACAACUGGUUCAUUUCACACCAUGAACAACUGGAAGUGUUUGCUUUUCAGAAGAUGAAUAUGGCAAUUCCUUUCUUAGAUGUGUACAAAAUUGAAAUCCUGAUUUAGCCUGUAUAGCUUGAUUCAUAUGUGCAAAUCACAAAGCCAUAGACAUGGUUAUAUGUAGAGUAUACUAUAUUUCAAAAUUCUUACUUUUUAUUUUAGACUGUUCUUUACUAAGAGUGAUGUGUUCAUAUAUAUAUAAAUUGAUAUUACCAUUAUAUAUUAUUUAUUUUCUCUCACGUUUCGCAAAGUGUCUUUCAUUUGUAAAGUGAGAUGCUUGAAACUUUACGGUUCUUUGUUGGGAAUAUUGUUCAAUAUGAUACUGACUUUAUAUUGAUUAUCAUAAACCUGUGUUUGUAACGAAGAUGUGUUGAAUAAUCAAAACUUGGUUCUGUUUGGGAGGAUUAAAGUGGGAAGAUUUUCUGUAUAGUACUGAUCCCUUGAGCGUUUUUAUAGCCAAACAUGAACUUCCCUACCGUCCUGUUGUGAGGGCUAGCCUAAAGGGCUAACCCAGGCCUCUUUCUAACUUCAUGUUUAGUGGAAUUAGCUUGACUAUUAUUUGCAAAACAAAUCAGUCUCAAUAAAUUUGGAAAUUGCUGCUGAAAAUAA